AUGGCAUCCAAGGAAAAGAACCCCGAACUCAUCGCCCUCGCCCGCGACCUGGCUGAGGUGCCCAUGUGCGAGGACUACGAGAAGAUGAUCUCCGGAAUGCUGUAUAACCCCCUGGUGCCCCGCCUCUUGGAAGCCCGCCACCGCUGCCGCAUCCUGACCCACGAGUACAACUUGCUCGACCCGCACACGGUCACUUAUGAACAGGUCGCCGACGAGCGAUUCAAGCGGCUGCAACGGCUUGUCGGACGGGUUGGUGAAGGCACCUUUGUCGAGCCGCCAUUUCGGCCAGAUUAUGGGUGUAAUAUUAUCAUUGGGCGGGAUUGUUUCUUGAACUGGAAUAUUACGAUCCUGGAUACUUCUCUGGUCAUCAUCGGAGACCGGGUCCAGAUAGGUCCAAAUGUUGGGAUUUUCACGGCGGGCCAUGAGACAAGUAUCCUGUCGCGGCGCAAGAUGGUUGAGUUUGGACAGGUUGUCCGCAUCGGCGAUGACUGCUGGAUUGGGGGGCAUGUGGUUAUCAUGCCAGGCGUCACGAUCGGUGAGGGCUGCACCAUUGGCGCGGGCUCAGUGGUGACGAAGGAUAUCCCGCCCUUUUCAGUCGCGGUCGGGACUCCGUGCAGGGUCCGCAAGACCAUUCAGUCGGCGGAAGAGGAGGAGAAUGAUCCGGCCAAUCCAUAUCGGGCGAUGACGAGGGAACUCUAG